AAAUGUUCAAGCAAUUGGCAGAGUGGGUGGGAUUUGAGCUGUGGUUAGCCCGCUAGCUUGUGUGCUCACAGGAACUGUAAUCGGUGAUGUCGAUGGGUGUGAUCCUGCCUUAGCUCCACGAUACCUUUGUAAAAUACCCGCCGGCAAAGGGAAGAAAUUCCAGGAGAAAGAAGUCAAGCUGACUCUCAGCCGGGGGAGGGUGAAGCUAACUAGCUGUAUCCCUGGACGGCUCUUUUUGUGUGUUGGAACAUCAAGUGGGGGGAACACAGGAGACGUCGACUAGUCGGAAACCCCAACCACAGCGAUGGCGAGAGACUACGAUUACCUCUUUAAGCUCCUCAUUAUCGGUGAUAGCGGUGUGGGGAAAAGCAGUCUGCUGCUUAGAUUCGCCGACAACACAUUUUCAGGUAGCUACAUCACCACUAUUGGCGUGGAUUUUAAGAUUCGGACGGUGGAGAUCAACGGGGAGAAGGUGAAGCUGCAGAUCUGGGACACAGCUGGGCAAGAGCGCUUCCGCACCAUCACCUCCACAUACUACAGGGGGACGCACGGGGUGAUCGUGGUGUAUGACGUCUCCAGCGCGGAGUCAUUCGUCAACGUCAAGAGGUGGCUCCACGAAAUCAACCAGAACUGUGAUGAUGUCUGUCGAAUACUAGUGGGCAACAAGAAUGACGACCCUAACUCCAAAGUGGUGGAGACGGCCGACGCGCAGAAGUUUGCUGAGCAGAUGGACAUCAGGCUGUUCGAGACCAGCGCCAAGGAGAACAUCAACGUAGAGGAUAUGUUUAACUGCAUCACAGAGCUAGUGCUGAAGUGCCGGAAGGAGUCUGUCGCCAAGCAACAGCAGCAGCAGCAGAGCGAAGUGGUGAAACUCGGCAAGAACAGCAAACGCAAGAAAAAGUGCUGCUGACAGACUGGACCCUUAUCACACACUCUUAUCACCCACGCACAUAUACACACAGAAACACACAAACAAACACACACACACACACACACACACACACACACACACACACACACACACACACACACACCACAAAAACAACAAUGACAGUCACUAUUGAACUGACAGGGAGAGAGACAAGGAGAGAAUAACCUGACGCCAACGCCCCAAGACGGACUCCACCCAGUGAAAAAGAUAAGAAAUAUAUCUAUUUAGAGAUUUAAUCCAAAAAAAAGAGAAAAAAAAAGAAUUUUUGGGAUCUUAAGGACAUGUCCAAACUCAAAUGUACAGUUUUUAAUCAGGACGGAAACAAACGGCACAGCUCCCCAUCUCCAGGGAGACCACUGCUGCAGCAACCGUCAGAUUUUUAUGGAGAUGAAAAAAAUUAUAUAUUUUUUCUGUUCUUGCAUUAGCGUUCAGACAUCCCCCCACCCACCCUCCCACCUUCCUUUACGACAUGCUGUCCCACCUUCUCUCUCCCUGUUAUCAGGAGAGUUGAAGACUUCUGGCCUAAAGCUCAUUUUAGAUCUUUUUUGUUUUGUUUUGUUUUCCCUCUAAAUGGAAAGUUUCUUCGCAGAGUCGUCUGUGAUCCAUGUCAACUAUGUCGAACAGCAGACCGAGCUGAAACAAACAAGUAUGAAGAGCACGAUGGCAAGCUGAAAAGUAAAAAUUGAGAUAGAAUUCAUAUCAGCAAAAUGGAUCCAAUAGCACUGCCAACAAGAAAUCAACGAAGAAAAGAAAUGCCAUUCUCCCACCUCUCAAUGUUUAUUAUUGGAGCCCCAGUCAUGUCGCUAGUUUUGUUAUCCCCCUGUGUUUUGUGAUUUUUACACUUUAAAUGAAGACAAACUCCAAGUGGCCACCAUGGACCAAUCUCACUCCACCCCCUUGCCCCCACUCUCCCUGCCAAUCUCUCAGAGAGAAAGUUAUGCCUUUUUUUUUGUUCUAUCUUUUCUUUUUGUAAAUUUGUAUUUUUUUACUAACAAACUACACCACUGUAAAAACAAACAAAAAAAAAGCAAUCAAAAUACAAAUGUUCUUAGAGAUGAAAAGAGUGUUGGUCUUGGACCACUGCCACAGAAUUGGACCUGUGAACCAGUAGAGUAGCGUCAGAACUUUACAGUCAAACCCAAGACAACUGGACCUGCAAUCUCAUAAGCAGUGCUAACAGCACUGGACACCUCUGUGUUCAAAGAGCACAGGUUCUAACAGGAAGCAGAACUGUAGCAGAGCCGUGGUUCUCUGUGGUAAAUACAUUAGCGAUGGUGAGCCGAGUUGGGGUGGGGGGUUGGGGUUCUGCUGAUGUGCGGCAGGCAAAGACAUGGCACUAGGCAUGUGUUCAGGAGAUGUGUUCACAAGAUUGAGGAGAAACAUUAGACCUUUUGGGCCGUCAGUACCAACUUGUAAGCAACAUGCCCAAUUCAACUCCCAUCAGACACACACAAACACAAACACACACACACACACACACACACUCACAGUCACACUCUCUCUCUCUCACACACACACACACACACACACACACAGACUCCCUAACAUAUAGUUAUACAUAUACAGAUGUGUGCCAGUCAGACCUGGAUGCCAUAAUCUCGCUUCACACAGGCUCCGAGGCCAUAGAAGCUGAGCCCCAAAACCACCAGCACUUACUCUGGGAGGGAGAGCUCACUGUGACUGAUUCAGUUUUAGGACGGUUGUUUGCGUGUUUGGGACCAGGCCUAUGGUUUCACAGGCUCUGACUGCACUGUGUAGUCUUAACAGUUGCCAUGGGGAUGGGUGAUGUUGAGCACAGCCAUCGGAGUCUUGAGGCAUCAGUAUGUUUAUAGAGAAAGCCGCUGAUUGACGACCAGUCCAGCCAAUGGCGUGUGCCAAUACUGGAGGAGCACAGGCGGACAUCCCGCCAACCACAGCGGCCAAAACAAAAAACAGCAAGAAAGCUUCUCCAUGCAGAACAUGCAGGAGUGGUUGAUGUUGAGCAAAAUGACAUAUCUGAACAAUGAAGAGUUAAAACCAGCACUUUGAAAGGAAGUGUGUGGUAAGUUUGACAGCUCAAAUGCUAAGAGCUGCAGAGUGACAGAACAAAGCUUGGGAGGUUGACUUUAUGAGUUCCCUGUCACUUCCAAGAGCCUGGCGAAUAGAGUUCUAAUCUUCACUGUUCAGACAGCCACCCUCACAAACCCAGGAGAGAUGAGAGCCCGAAAAAAAUUGCUUAUUUACUAGAAUACAACGUUUGAAAGAUCAUCAUCCUGUUUAUUUAUGUGUGUGCAUAUCAAUGUUGCCACACAACGUGUGCACAUCCAUAUGCAAAAAUGACACAUAUACAAACACGCAUGUGUGUACAUAGACACCAAUAUAUGCGUCUAUUUUGUGUGUUUUUAUAUGUGUUUAUUGUACUGUUCUGGUGUACACUGGAAAGAUGAAAUGUUGCCACUCAAGUCAUUGUUGCCCCAUCAUGAAUCUAAUCAAUAAUAAACAUUUUAAGAGAA